UGAUCGAGUCUGGCAAUCUCAUUGAAGCGGAGGUGGAGCAAUGCGUGUUGCGAAGCGGUGAUUACGAGAGGAGGUGUUCUUGGUGCAAGAGUAGAAGGAUAUGGGUUGAUUUGGGUCGCAUCCACAUCGGAAGAUUUUCAUGGCGAUGAUCGUGGGUAUUGAACCAUCUCAACUCAGACAAAAGAGAAGAAGAAUGUGCGUUUUGAAUUGUCAGCAUGGGCUUGCGAGAAUGUGCCUCGCAGUGGAGGGGGUGGUGAUCCAAAGGAAAGCCACGGUAGAUGAGAAGCGUACAUUCAUCCAGGAGGCUUUUCGAUGCUUUGUUUAGGUUUAGGGUUUAAGGAUUGCUCUGUUGAUGGAUCUGGACCUUCGGGACAUGCUUCAUCGGUAUUUUCAUGCUGAAGUCGGUAUUUUUGCCCGGAAAGAGAGCUUGGGCUGGGGAUAAUUUUCGUGUCUCUCUGUGGAAGUGGAAGAUGCGAGGGUUGAGUGUUGAGAAUUGAGGACGCAGUUCGGUUGAUCGUAUAGUUCUGGGUAACGUUGAAAUCACUGCGUUUGAGGUCGGAAGUGUGGGUAUGCUCUCUGGUUGGGUGUGGUAGAUGCGAUGCCGCUUAUGGUGACGAUUUGCUAGGAACUUGCAGUCGCGAAGACGCGCUUUUGUGGGUUGAGGUGGUCUUGGGUUUCAUGCUCUGCAGGCAGUGACAGUCUCUUCUUUUAUGUUGCAAUUGGAACGUGAAGGAUUAUUCCGAUGAGUCCAUUUGAAUCAAUGAGUUUCGCAUUUUCUUCAUCGUAGAGUUAAUCUCAGUUAUUGCAAUUUUCAUUGCUGCACAAGUUUUUGUCACUCAUGGGGGACAGAGAGAAUCCCGCACCGUUGCAGGCCAAUGAGGUUGCGAAAACCUUGAAGGGACCUGUGCAGGAUGCAAUUCACCGAGUGGAGAGGCUCGCAGAGGAGUUUCCGGCUGAUAAAGACUUCCACUUUUACAAUAACUUUCCGCAAUUCAAGACCCCUGUGCGAAGAAUUCAAACCCAAGUGAAGGAUCUUCUAAAUGAUUUAGGAUUAGCUAACCAUUUGCGACCACAGACAGCUGGUUUUCCAAGUGAUCUAGAUGAGACUUAUGACUGGCUAGUGGCACUGCAAGAUGAUCUUAUGGAAGGGAUUGAUGCCGCAGUCGAUCAAUUGGCCAAGCAAAAGUCUGAUGGAAAGCGAGGCAGGCCUAAUGAAAAAUUUCGAACUCCAACAAAGUUCCAAAAACACGACGGUAGCCCAAGUGAAGGGGCUAAAGCAUCCAAAGGAAGUGAUGAGCGCCGGUCUGUGCCCUUUCACGUGAGGUCUAUACCACGGCCGCAAAACAAGUUCGAUGUCAUGGUGGACAAUUCCAAUACUCCAUUCAAGCAUCCUCAGGUGCAGAAGUUAGACUCUCAAUCAGAAGGUUUAUCAGCCUUGGACAUGCACGCACGGAGGCUUGGUGUUACCUUUGAAGACAUGCAUCCGUUGGAGGAUGUACUGACGAAAAUGGAAUACGUGAAUGAGAAAAUGCUCGAAGCACCUGUCCCUCAGGAGCCGAGACCGGUUGAUGAAACGCCAUUAACUGUGAUCUCAACAGCGUCAGAACUCAAAGAUAUGGCUAUGAAGUGCAGGCUUGCUGGAGAAAUUGCUGUAGACCUCGAAAAUCACAAUUAUCGUUCCUUUCAAGGUUUUGUUUGUCUAAUGCAAGUUUCGACACGAUCAGAAGAUUUUAUCGUGGACGCUCUUGCAUUGCGCAGUCACAUGGGUCCUUCUCUGAAGGAUCUUUUUGCUGAUGCUAAUGUCAAAAAGGUGAUGCAUGGGGCAGAUCGUGAUAUUGAAUGGCUUCAAAGAGACUUUGGCAUAUAUGUGUGCAACAUGUUUGAUACCGGCCAGGCAGCAAGGGUGCUACAACUGGAAGGAUUUGGGCUUGCAUUUUUAAUGCAACGUUUCUUGAAGAUCAAUCCAGAUAAACGUUACCAGCUUGCAGACUGGCGUAUUCGACCUCUUCCUGCUGAAAUGAUCAAAUAUGCAAGAGAGGACACUCAUUACCUACUGUAUCUGUAUGACCUGCUGAGAGUAGUGCUGGUGUCUAUGCGCUCUACUGCUGGAAAUGAUGCGGAUGAUCCAGUUCUACAGGUCUAUAAACGUAGUCGUGACAUCUGUCUUAAGAUGUAUAAAAAAGACAUAUUGACUGAGACUUCUUACCUUUCUUUAUAUGGAUUGCAGGAUAAGAAUUUCAAUUCCGAGCAAAUGUCAGUGCUUGCUGGUUUAUAUGCAUGGCGCGAUAAUCUUGCUCGUAAACUAGACGAAAGCACUGGUUUUGUGUUACCUAACCAGCUCCUUUACAAGCUUGCUGAGGAGAUGCCCGACACUGCGCGAACGUUGCAGAUAGCGAUCAGAGGACCGCAUUCAGUUGUCGGUCAAUAUACAGCUGAAGUAUUGGAAGUGAUCAGACAGUACAGGGAAAAGGCUGCUACUGCCGCUCCUGCUACCUCAUUUACUUUGUCUGAGAAAAGCGAAUCUAAGGAAACUUCUGUUACUGAAUCCGUAAUGAAUUUGAAUCCGGAAUCGGACCUUGUGAACAAAAUCAUGACUCAAAAUGCGAUCAAAAUUACAGACUCUGUGUCAAGUGUUCCCAAGCGAAUGGAAGAAGAUGUUACACCUGUUUCAGCACAUGGUGAAGAUGUCAACAUGAAACUUACUGCUGACGUUAACCAUCGUACUGAAGAGCAAACACGUGUGGAUUUUUCGGCAUUUGCGGAGAAUGAUUCUAAACCUGGAAAAGCGGAAACAUGUACAGAACAGCUAACAGUGGGGUCCUCCAUGAGUGCUCAGGUCAUGGUUAGAAAAUCUUCUGCUGAAGAUACUAAGCCAGCAUCUACGAGCAACGUAAAUGCAGCAGUAGUUAGAAGGGCUUCUGUACCUUCUCUAGCCCUGUUUGGAGGUUGUUCAAAGAAAACGAGUUCCGCACGUAGCGAAGAUUUGAAGACUGAAGCAAAAGCUACCAAAACCUCCACAAAAGCUAGUUCACCAAACUCUAGGAGAGGCCUAACGAAUUCAGAAUCAGCCAAGUGUCCCAGUGAAUCUGAGGUUGUAACAGGUGCCAGCUUGAGUACCAGUCUUAACGUUGUGAGUGGUUUAGUUGAAAACGCGGAGGAGAGCAUGAACAUCUCAAAAGUUGAGGUUUUUUCAGAAGAUAGCAAAGUUUUGGAGUAUCAAGGACGUGGGAAUGAAGUGUGUUUGACCAAUACAACUCCAGUUUCCUUUGAUGACAGCCGUAAGAGUGAGGAUGUUAUUAUGGGCGUUGCUGACGAAGAGAAAGUUUCCGAAACAAGUCCUGGAAACUUAUCAGUCCCAGAAGUAAAUCCUACAAGAAGCGCAGCUGUUUUGUCAAAACCUGCGGAUCAAAGUUUUGCCUCGAGUAAAAGCCAUGGAGCAGCACGACACGGCAUGGGGUCUAUGCUUGGUUCUUCUGGACAUCGCAAACGCCAAAAGAGGCAAAAUGAGGAUAUGGAAAUGGUAGCAGCUAAGUUGCGUGCGAGCCGGAUUCAGGCUUCAGUGAUACUUCCUUUUCAUCGAGCUCCAACUCUAGGCGAGCAGGAUGCAGAGAUGUCUGCUCAAGAGACUUCUACCGUCGUUUCAGCAGCCACCGGAAGUGAACCACCCAAUAUCUUAUACUCACAGUCUUCUUCACCCAAUGAAGUAAAUGCUUCUCCAAUUCAAGGGGACUCCUUGCUUGAAGACUUAGGUGACUACGUGAAGAUUGGGAGCACUGAGAGAGAGUUCAGGAAAGGAUUCGACAAGAAUCGCUCAAAUCGGCAGGCCGAGUUCGCUACUGAGGAGGAAAGUCCUCUUCCGAAACCACUCUCUGAGAUGCGGAGACAUCAUAAGCAUCAACACAGAGAGCACCAAGCACACUCGUCCAGUUCUCCAAGACCUAACCACCAACAACCUGAGAAACAGAAGCUUUUUGCUGUUGAAGUCAAUGAGGUAUUUGUUGGUGAGGAAGCUGGUUUUAAGCCAUUUGACUAUGGGGUAGCUAGAAGAGAAAUUGGUUUAGGAGACAACCUAGUUUCUCGUAAAGACGAUGGCCAAGCUAGUCGAGGACGGGGUAGAGGCAGGCCGGUGAACCCAAACAAACGGCAGAAGCAGUUGGCUCCACCAUCCACAAACGGGCCAGUGCAACCGUUCGAUCCUCUUCGGAGAGUUAGACAGGAGCCUCGUCCUGAAGGCAUCCCGGCUGCUAAGAGGAGACAAGUUUUCCCACAAAGUGGAAACAGGACAGCCUCCUUCAAACGCUGAUAGUGAAGCCUGGUUGCUUGAAACUCGUGAUUACAACUUCCACAACUUGAUAAUCAGCUUGUCCUAGGUAUCGUUUUCCCCAAACUAUGAUUGUUUUACCAAUAGUUCGUUCAUUCUUUUGCGCUACGCAAUUUUAUACUGUGAGAUGACUUUGAUACUCUUCUGAUUAAAGUGCAUCAUCUAAAUCUAAAAAAAUUAGUGUUAAGGUUUCAGGUUCAUUUGAUUUGAUGAAAAGUUUUGUAGGUGUGCAAUCAUAAGAUCUUCUAUGGAUUGGUGAAUUGAACUGAAGUUUAAACUGAAAUCUCAGAUCUCUCACAAAUUUAAAAGUUGUAACAUUUGACUAAAGCGCCCGAGUGUUUGACUCUAUCCGAUAAAGUAUUCAUAGCAACUCUUCUCAUUAUAAAGAACAUUUUUUCCAGGUGCUGGAUAGCUCAAAUGUGAUGGUGCAGCAACAAUUGAGUAGGGUUAGAGCUAUGGCUGCUGCAUGAAUAGCUUUCCAAGAAAUGGGCUAUUGGUUUUGUUAACAGAAAUUACAGUUUUGAUUCCGUCCUGAAUACCACCUAUGAUCAGGUGGGUGGCUCCAUGUCACCAAACAGUAAUUGGUAAGUCUUUGAUAAACGUCCUUUCUCGUCCCGAAGGGGUGAUCACUGUAAGAAUCCACACUAUUUAUCCUUCAGCAUUUAGCUAAAAUAUGCCGGUGUAAGAAUCUGAAGCACAAAAUACAGACUUCCGUUCCUGUA